AUGUAUCUGGCAGAGAAGAGCCGCGGUCGCGUGAAGAGGAGGAGGACCGAGGGGCUCCUGCUCCAAACCACACCAGAACCAGAACCAGGACUGACGCCGACCGGCUCCGCGCUUCUGCUGCUCACUGGAAUCACCGUCUGGAAUGCUGCGGUGCUCCUGCUGAUCACAGAUCCCUCCUGCAGCUGUGAUGAAGACGGGCUGUUAUCAGCAGGAGCUCGCAGGACUGCAAAGUCAUGGCCGCUGAGCUUCUCUCAGGAGGAGCUGAAGAAACGCCUGACGCCUCUGCAGUACCAUGUGACCCAGGAGCGAGGAACCGAGAGAGCCUUCACGGGGGAGUUCACCUAUCACAAAGACGAGGGCACCUACACCUGUGCUGUCUGUGGGACCCCCAUUUUCAGCUCGGGCUCCAAAUUUGACUCCGGAUCAGGUUGGCCGUCCUUCUUUGACAUCAUGAAGGAGGACUCCGUCUCUCUGACAGAUGACUUUGCGCAUGGCAUGCACCGGGUGGAAGCCACCUGCAGUCAGUGUGGAGCGCACCUUGGACACCUGUUUGACGACGGACCCCGGCCCACAGGGAAACGGUACUGCAUCAACUCUGCUUCCCUGGACUUCCAGCCCAAAGAUGCAGACUCCUCCUACAACAUGGCGGCUGGUGAUGGAGCGACUGGCGCUUCAGAGAGUGGCGGGAAAACCGAGCUCUGAAAGACUCGAAGACAAAUGUCCACAGAAGCUUUUCCUCUGGUGUUUGGACGUGUUCUCACUAAAUCUCAGCUGUUGAGUUUGUGUGUCUGUAGAUCAGCAGCUGAAGCUUCCAACAAGGUGGUUCCUGCUCUGCAAGACACGGUGGUGUCCAACAGGAGCGUCUUUUCUAUCAGGAUCUCUAGAAACAUCCUGAUGGUUCUGGAGCAUCAGUCUUGCAGAGGAUGAAGCAUGUCUUGAACCAGUGUGGGGGGGGGGGCUAAGAGGGGUUUGUGCUCCAGUCUAUAAUUUUGUCACAUUAAAAAAACUCAGUUUUUCAAAAUGUAAAUAAAUUUAGCUGAAAAUACCAGAAA